GGGAUGCCUCCCAGCGUUCCGCCCACGCCAACCGUGGGACCCGACCGACCCAGCAUCGGCAAUCGAUCACGGAGUGGGACUGCGACCAAGGGGAAGAAGGGCAUGCUCGGUUUCAUGUCUGACUUCCUCAACUCUAGCAAGCGACCGGAGAUCAGCACUCCGUAUGAUCCCGUCCACCUUACUCAUGUUGGGUUCAAUUCGUCUACUGGAGAGUUCACAGGGCUUCCGAAGGAAUGGCAACAACUUCUACAGGACAGUGGAAUCUCUAAGCUGGAUCAGGAGAAGAACCCUCUGGCGGUGAUGGAGAUAGUCAAGUUCUAUCAGGAAGGCGGCGGCGAUGUUUGGGACAAGAUGGGGCAUGCUCCAGCGCCUAUUGGGGGAACGCCGCAGCAGCCAAAACCUAUUGAUGAGAGUUUGUACACAUCCCGGCCUGCUCCCCCACCUCCGAAAAAACCACAGCCUCCGCCCGUCACACACUCUGCAUCUGUUCCCGCACCGUCUCCUACUGCUUUCCGCCCAGCCCCGACACCACCGACACCGGCAUCCCCGAAUCUUGAUCGGUCGACCUCCCAGCGGACGACACCAAAGCCGCCACGCGGCGACUCCCUCGGACGUUCUAACACGACCAAGGACCGGCGGUCUCCCGGACCCGGGACGCCCCAUCACGCACACUCGCAGACGCAGGGUACCCCCGGGGCAAUCCCGAACUUCACACCUCCAGGUCCGACACCCGAUCGCGCUCGAGCGCCAGCGCAGCCGAGCCCUGCGGCGUCGAGCUUGGCAAAGGCGGCUGGCGUUGCGACACCAAGAAGGCGGGAGAAGAAGGAGAAGGACAAAGAUAAGGAGGCGGAUAUCGUGAAACGCCUGCAGCAGAUCUGUACGGAUGCGGACCCGACAAGGUUAUAUCGAAGUUUGGUGAAGAUCGGCCAGGGUGCGUCGGGCGGUGUGUUCACGGCAUAUCAGGUCGGCACGAACAUGUCCGUCGCGAUCAAGCAAAUGGAUCUCGACAAGCAGCCCAAGAAAGAUCUCAUUAUAAACGAGAUUCUCGUUAUGCGGGCCUCGCGCCACCCGAACAUCGUCAACUACAUCGAUUCGUUCCUCUACAAGAACGAACUGUGGGUUGUGAUGGAGUACAUGGAGGGCGGGUCGCUCACAGAUGUCGUCACGGCUAACUUGAUGACGGAGGGCCAGAUCGCAGCCGUGUCGAGGGAGACUGCACAGGGCCUGCAGCACCUGCACAAGCACGGUGUCAUUCAUCGUGACAUCAAGAGCGACAACGUGCUGCUGAGCAUGACGGGCGAUAUCAAAUUGACCGACUUUGGCUUCUGCGCGCAAAUAUCUGACCCCGCGCACGCGAAGCGGACCACUAUGGUCGGCACGCCGUACUGGAUGGCACCCGAAGUUGUCACCCGGAAGGAGUACGGGCCCAAGGUCGACAUUUGGAGUCUGGGUAUCAUGGCGAUUGAAAUGAUCGAGGGCGAGCCGCCAUAUCUGAACCAGAACCCGCUGAAGGCACUGUACUUGAUUGCGACGAACGGGACGCCCACAAUUGCGAACCCAGAGUCGCUGUCACCUGUGUUUCGGGAUUAUCUAGCGAAGACUCUGGAGGUGGACGCGGAGAAGCGGCCUGAUGCGGCACAGCUGCUGCAGCAUCCAUUCUUCGCUGGUGCAGAGCCCCUCCGGACGUUGGCACCGCUCAUCAAGGCGGCACGGGACAUCGCGAAGUCGAAGUGACUUUUUUAGCCGAUGUCCGCUGAUGAUGUCCCCUUCCCAUCCACCCUUCUAUCUAUCGUCUGUGUUCUAUUCUACAAUAUCGAACUCAUCAACUUGCCAGCAUCUAUCACCGGCGGCACGCCAUGCCCGUUCCAGUACUUCCAUCCCGUUCCCACCCGUUACGCCACUUGCCUUUCCCCCCUCGGUGAUGCAUCUUGGACAUUUCCCUAGUCAAUGCAACAUCUGUUGUCGCACACCCGUUGUUACCCGCUAUAAUCGCGGUCGCGACCCAGUUCCAGUCACCGGGCGCCGCUUGAGGAUCCAUAAUGGGAUACCCUCGAUACCCUCCCUUCAACGCUUGGUUCUGGCUGCGCUGUCGACGACACGUUCUCCCGGUCGCCGCUGACCCUUCAUUAGUCCGCCCGUCGUCCCGUUCGCUAACUUAGACACCUAGAAAACAAAACAACUUUCGAGGGCUGUUCUUACCGUACUCUUCGUCUUCCGCGCCGAGUUGGACGGCGUCGUUUCCCUCGACUCGUCUUGUUUCGCUCUCCUUAACCUGUAAGCUGUGAAGUUGUUUCGAUACAUCGGACGAUGAUAAGUGCAAGUGUGCUUCCGCAAUCUAUGUGGUAUUAAUGGACGGUGAAAUGGAAAAAGACAUUGUUGAUGGUGAGGUUGAAUAAAUACAAGCAUGUCUGUCAGAGAUACAUAUAGUGAAACGCUACUGAUACAGCUAGAUGGGUGGGUUCGUAAAAGAUUCAAGAGACAUGC